CAUGGCAGCUCAGCUACGAUCAACAUUGUAUUGCAUGUGCAUUGUUUUUGGAUAUUUAAAGGCAAUUCCGUGGACAGAAAGAAAAGGUGGCAAAUUAAAUUCUGUUCGAGAAAAUACAACAUGCACAAAGGAAAUCGACAUCGUUUUAUUAAUUGACUCCUCCAGAAGUGUCCAAGAGAAAUGGAAUGACAUUAUUGAUGCUGCGCAGACACUUCAAGCAGAUUUCGAAAUAGAUGACAACGCCACGCGGGUUGGCAUCAUUGAUAUUGGUGUCGUUGCAAAUGUGUACAAGCAUCUAGAUUCGAACAACACAAAUGAGGAAACAUUUCAGUUGUUGGAACAAUUACGAGAGAAGCAUCAGAAUGAUAAUAUCAGUCUUGAGGACGGUAUAUUCAUGGCCGUAAAACUACUUUCGGCAGCUACACCAUUACGAUCGGAUACUAAGAAAGUUAUACUUCUGUAUACUGAUGCGGAAUUUGCACCCAACGAGGAUCAAAGAAUAAUGGAGUACAUCCGAUACCUGAACUACACUGACGUCACAGUUAUAGCAUGUAUCUAUGAUAGCGUCGCUAAUUCAAAAAUUGAUGAAAUUCAAAGAGCUGGUCAUAUUCAUGUCCACCAUUUUUCAAACAACUCUCAGUUUCCAGAAGACGAAGUACGCAAAGAAAUAUGUUCAGAUAAAAAAGAAUCCGUGCCAAGAAAUGAUACACUUUCUUUCCCAACACAAACACCAACUACAACUCAAUCGUCAACGCCAUCCUUGAAUACCUCACAACCAAUGAUAAAUCCAUUUUUGUUAUUGCCUCAAUUUGAUGCGUCAGAACCGGUUGUUCAUUUGGUUACUGACAAAGUGGGAAGUUUGUAUUCGCAUAAUUAUCUCCGUGCGUUGCAUGGUGCACCUCCUCUUCGUUGGGAUGAUAACUUAGCAUACAAAGCAAGCAGUUGGGCGCAUCAUUUGGCGUUAUCAAACCAAGGAAUGAGUCACUCAAGUAUGCAAGGAUAUGGAGAAAACGUGUACAGCCAUUCCGGUGCUUCGUCUUAUGUACACAGUUACAUAGCUGCACAUCGCUGGUAUGAAGGGGUGAAGAAUUAUGAUUAUGGUCAUCCUCAUUUCACGCCCUAUGCUGGCACCUUCACGGAAAUGAUAUGGAAGUCAACUACCAGCCUGGGCGUUGGUAUUGCUUACCGCCCUGACUCAAAAAGAACAUACAUUGUUGCUAUAUAUCAACCAGGAGGAAAUCUGUUAUCUGUUCAAGCUUAUAAAGAAAAUGUGUUAUUGCCUCUCGCUGGCUUGCCUGCAAGAGUUCCUGAUGUCAACAAAUUAAAACCGCCGGAAUAUUUGAAAGCCUCCGAUACGUCGCCAAUCAAUCAAGGAAUGACAUCAAAGGAACCUUUAGCGACGUGUGAUGGCUGUACUGAAGAUAUACUUGCAUGAUAGAAAGUACAAGAAGCAGUAUUGGACAUGACAAUACACGAACACAUGUUUUUACAUCAUUUGUACAAUAUCAAACUAUUACACACAUAUUUAUUUUUGCAUAUUUAAAGAAACGUGUUU